GCGCGGCGCCGCCAGUUCGGCUGCUCUUUUCUGGCGGGUCGGGCGCGGCCAUGGAGGGCGAGCCGCCCCCGGUGGAGGAACGGCGGCGGCUGCAGCAGGAGCUUAGCGGGUUCGUGGAGAGCUGCUGCCGGACGCUGGAGGAGGUGACGGCGUCCCUGGGCUGGAGCCUGGAUCGGCUGGACCCCGGGGAGGAGGCGGCAGAGGAUGAAGUUGUGAUAUGUCCCUAUGAUUCCAAUCAUCACAUGCCUAAAUCAUCUUUAGCAAAGCACAUGGUGUCUUGCAGAUUGAGGAAAUUGGGCUAUACCAAAGAAGAAGAGGAUCAAAUGUAUAAUUCUGAUUUUUUCUAUGAGAAUGUGAAGAUACCUUCAAUUACUCUAAAUAAGGACUCACAAUUCCAGAUAAUUAAACAGGCUAGAACUGCAGUUGGAAAAGAUGGUGAUUGUUAUAGUCAAAGGAUUUAUUCUUCAUUACCUGUUGAAGUUCCUCUGAAUCACAAACGGUGUGUUUGUGAUUUAACCCAAGCUGAUCGUCUUGCCCUCUAUGAUUUUGUAAUGGAGGAGACAAAGAAAAAGCGCUCUGAUUCACAGAUUAUUGAAAAUGACAGUGAUCUCUUUGUAGACUUGGCUGCCAAAGUCAAUCAAGAUAAUAGUCGAAAAAGUCCAAAAUCUUACCUUGAAAUCCUGGCAGAAGUGAGAGAUUAUAAAAGAAGACGCCAGUCCUAUAGAGCUAAGAAUGUUCACAUAACCAAGAAAUCGUAUACUGAGGUGAUUCGUGAUGUCAUAAAUGUGCACAUGGAAGAACUCAGUAGUCAUUGGCAAGAAGAGCAGGAAAGAGCAGAGGAUGAUGCUGAAAAGAAUGAAGAAAGGCGAUCAGCUUCAGUAGAUUCACGGCAGUCUGGUGGAAGUUAUUUGGAUGCUGAGUAUUCACGACGUAGAAAGGAUCGGAGUAGGAGCCCACAUAAACGAAAAAGAAAUAAAGAUAAGGAUAAAAACUGGGAUUCGAGAAGAAGGAAAGACAGGGAUGGGGAAAGACAUCAUAGUCAUAAAAGGAGAAAGCAAAAAAUAUAAAUGAGACUCCUUCACUGGAUUAUGAGCUCUUUGAGAGAAGGUUUUAUAUCUUUAUCAAUAUAACCCCCAUGCCUAGCACAAUAGUUGUCAAUUUAUCGUUUUAAAUUUUGGCAAAAGCAUUUGCAAGCCCCUGUCACUUAACAUCUAAUUUUUUGAUUCAUAAAAUACUGAUAUUAAUAAGUACUAUAACUGCUAUCUGUCUUACCCAUUAUUAAGUCCUAUCUCAGAUGGUACCUUCUUGCCUACAUUUAUGAUGUACUGGCCAUAAACAAUUUUCUCUGCUGAACUCUUUUAAAAGCACUAAGGAUAGUUAAUGUUUAUUGAGCACUUACUGUGUAGCAGGCUGAGCUUUUUUUAAAUAUAUGUAUAAAGUAUACAUAACAAGAUUUACCAGUUAGCUGUUUUUGAGUGUAUAGUUCAGUGGCAUUAAUAAUCACACUGUUGUACAACCAUCACCACUAUACCUUUCCAGAACGUUUUCAUCAUCCCAAACUGAAUCUCUCUCUACCCAUUAUACAGCAGCUCUUCAUUUACCCCUUCCCCCAGCCCUUGGUAACCACCACUCCACUUUCUGUCUCUAUGAAUUUGACUAUUCUAGGGACCUCAUAUAAGUGCAAUCAUAGAAUAUUUGUGUGUGUGUAUUGUGUGUCUGGCUUAUUUUACUUAGUGUUUUCAAGAUUCAUCCAUGCUGUAGCAUGUAUCAAAAAUUCAUCUUUUAAGGCUGUGUGUAUAUUCCAUAUUUGUUCGUCCAUUCAUCUGUUGGGCAUAUACAACUUUUGCUAUUGUGAAUAACACUACUGUGAACAUGGCUGUACAGAAAUCUGUUUGAGUCCCUGUUUCCACUUCUUGUGGAUAUAUACCUAGAAUUGGAAUCACUUGGUCAUAAGUUAACUCUAGGUUUCAUUUUUUGAGAAACCUCCAUACUGUUUUCCACGGGUCUGUACAUUUUACAUUCCCAGCAGCAAUGCAGCAGGGAUCCAGUUUUCUCUCUUCUCUGUCUUCGGCAACAUUUGGUAUUUUCUGCUGUUUUUUGUGUGUGUUUUUGGUAAUAGCCAUUCUAAUGGGUGUGAAGUGAUAUCUCUUUAUGGUUUUGAUGAGCUCUUUGUAUUAAACAUAUUUAGUUCUUAGGAAACACUCUGAGGUGUAAAGACUAGUAUUUUCACCAUUUUAGAAAUGAAGAAACUGAGCUUCAAGGAACUAAAUAACCUGCUCUAGUUCUCAAAGAGAGUAGUGGAGCUGGAGGCCCAGUCUAGGCAGACUUGCCCCAGGGUUCAUGCUCUUUCAGUAUACUUACGUAUUGCUUAUGUCUCCACAACUAGGUUUUAAAAUUUUUUGAAAGUAAAAUAUGUGUGAUUAUCUUUGAAUCCCCAAAGUGCUUAGUAUGAUUCCUUGAAUGAUAUAGGUGAUAAAUGUUUGUGGAUAAGAAAAUUUAGGCAUAGAAAUGCUUAAAUUAUUUUCCCAACGUCAUACGAGCAAUGCAACAAAGAUUGUAAUUAGAGCCCCUGCUCUUAACCAGUAUACAGACUCUUUUUUUACUUUUUUAAAGAUUUUAUUAUUUUUCUUAAGUAAUCUCUACACCCAUCGUGGGGCUCAUACUCACAACCCUGAGAUCAAGUGUUGCACGUUCCACCGACUGAGCCAGCCAGGCAUCCCUAUACAAACUUUUAUUAACUGUGGACAAUUGAAUGGACUUAUAUCAUGGUAGUGUCUGCCAUUUCAUAACAGUCUCUGCAUAUCCACCAAGUUCUCUGAACUCCCUCAUAAAAUCUGAAAAAAUGAACAUUUUAUCAUCCACCAUUUUGUUAAAUUCAAACUGAUUCAUAAACUUGCUUUGUAUCUUGAUACCUAUUAAUUAUGUACCAAAGUUCAUUGCAGUGAUCAACUUUACAUUUCACAUGAAGACAUAAAAAUCAAAAUCUCACAGUACCUCCUAAAAUUAAGAAUGCUUGACAGUUUUGUUUUUUUAAAGAUUUUUUUUUUUUUAAAGAUUUUAUUUAUUUAUUUGAGACAGAGAGAAUGAGAGACAGAGAGCAUGAGAGGGAGGAGGGUCAGAGGGAGAAGCAGACUCCCUGCCGAGCAGGGAGCCCGAUGCGGGACUCGAUCCCGGGACUCCAGGAUCAUGACCUGAGCCGAAGGCAGUCACUUAACCAACUGAGCCACCCAGGCGCCCAUGUUUUUUUAAAGAUUUUAUUUAUUUGUCAGAGAGAGAGAGAGUGAGAGCAGAAGCAGGGGGAGCAGCAGAGGGAGAAGCAGGCUCCCCGCCGAGCAGGGAGCCUGAUGCGGGGCUCUAUCCCAGGACCCUGGGAUCAUGACCCGAGCCGAAGGCAGACACUUACCCGACUGAGCCAGCCAGGUGCCCCAAGAAUGCUUGACAGUUAAAUACCAGAUUCUUGGAGGAAUCUUAGCCAACAUAAGGAAGUUGGAAGCAGCUGAGGAAAAAUUCAGACCUGCUCUGUCCUCCUGCCUCCCAUCUCCUACGUUUGAAGAGGGUGUGGGUGUGGUUUUUUAAUCUGCCAUAGGAGAACAGUGCUUAUGCUGAAGUUCACUGAGCAAGUUGAGUCAGUUUCCCAUCCAAAAACUCAGUAUGGUCACCUAAGAGAAAGGAUGCCGCCAUAAAAUAGAAUCUAAACUUCCAAGCUUACUUUCAGUCCUUUGGUUUAGUAAUAAAAGGCAGGAGGCCCUUCCAGUUUAAAAAGUUGCUAGGUGCCCGGGUGGCUCAGAUGGUUAAGCGGUUGCCUUCCGCUCAGGUCAUGAUCUCCAGGUCCUGGGAUCCAGCCCCGCGUCAGGCUCCCAGCUCACUGGGAAGCCUGCUUCUCCCUCCCCCUCUGCCUCUCCAUUUGCUUGUGCUCUCUCUGUGUCUUUCUUUGUCAAAUGAAUAAAUAAAUCUUAAAAAAAAAAAAAAAAGAAUAAAAAGUUGCUAUACACAGCAUCUGGACAAUGUUAAAUUAAGGAAGAUUGCAGGCUUCAGAGAGUCCUGCCUUCUGAGGAUCAUACCUUGUGGCACCAAUUAAGGGAUUUGGGGUUGGGUUGCUUGAGCACUGUGUUUACGAAGCUACUUUCCCAUAAUCAUGGAACUUUGCUAACCCGUGUUGUGCCUCCAACUCCAAGCCACGAUUCCUCUUCUAGAAUGAGAAAGCUAAUUACGGGGAGCUUUCAGGAAUCCAGAGAGAUGAAGCAUGGGCCUGGGCUUUGUUUGCUAUUGCUAACACUGUUUAAUACAAGUGAAACACUUGUAAGUAACACAUUCUUCACAUAAUGGAAGGAGUAGCCUUGGUCAAAGGGGGCGCCGGGACGAGUGAGAUGGAUACAAGACGAGUGAGAUGGAUACAAGACGGUCUGCCUCUUCACUGUGACCCGGGGCAGACCGAUCUUCCCACGCCUCCUAGUCCUCAUCCGUAGAUUGAGAAUAACAGUGUGCGCUCCAGGUCGUGCUGAGGCUUAGAGAUAAUGAAUGUGUCUUGCGUCACCUAGUGUCUGAUCAAUGGCAAGUGUAAAUACCUGCCGUGAGUUUUUGUAGCACACUUGUGAAUAUUUUCUUUCUGCCCUGCUCCUGUGUUUGGCUUUGAUUAGGGGCCAACCUGGAUACCUGUCUCAUGCCCUCAGAGAAUUCUGCGUAUUUAGGGAAGUGCUUCACAUGACCUACCUCCAGGGCAUAUGAAUGGCUGACCAGCAUAAAAAUACUGAAACACCUCUACGCUGCUUGGUAAAUAACUUGCUGUCCCAAGUCCCACCUCCCAUCUCCCCUUCCUUGUCAUGGAAAUUCUUGACCAUCUCCUAGGUACCACCCUGAUCCAGCAAAUAAAGGGCUGAUGUCUAGCACAGUUGGAGGCCCCGGAGUACCCUGCUCCAGAGCUAAGGCUGGUUGGUGGCUGUUCUGAUUAAUUGGUGACUAUGCUGUCAGCCUCUCCCCCAAACAGUGAUACCAUUGUUAACAUGGGAUGUAUUACUCCAUUUCUCAUUUUGCCCUGUAUAGUGGGCUCUGUGCAGGUUGCUAUGUUUUGAGAAUACUGAUCAUGUGGACAUGGUUACACACACUUGAAUCAGCCACAGCUUCCUGUAGACUACAGUAGUACAAGUGUGGAAGGAGGAAUCAGAAGUAUAUUGUAAGGGUCUCGCACUAUAUGUGUAUAUUUGAAUACAGAUUAUGGUAAGUGAAUAUAUAUAAUAAACCCUAGAGAAGCCACUACAUAAAUAAAACAGGACUAGCUAAGAAGCCAUAGUAGAGAGGAAACAAUCAUUAAAAACAAUCCAAAAGAAGAAGAUUGGAGGAAAAAGAGAAGGAAAGAACAGACAAGAUAAACAAAUAGCAAGAAGGUAGAGUUAAACCCACCCAUAUUGACCUUAUUAAACAUUAAAUGUAAAUGUUCUAGGCACUCGAAAGGCAGAGGUGGUCAAAUUGGAUAAAAAGGCAAGACCUAGGUGUAUGUUGUCUAUAAGAAACCCAUUUUAAAUAUAAGGGUACACAAAUAGGUUAAAAAUAAAAAGAUAGGGAAAAUGUGUCAUGCUAACACUAAACAAAAGAAAGCUAUUUUACAAUCAAAGUAGACUUCAGAACAGUGAAUGUUACUGGAGAUAAAGAGGAACAUUUCAAAAUGUCAAAGAAUUCAGUUCAUCAAGAGGACAUAACAAUCCUAAAUAUAUGUGCACCUCAUAAGAGAGGUUCAAAAUAACCUACAACAAAGAUAGGACUGAAGGGAGAACCAGGCAAGUUCACAAUUACAGUGGAGAUUUCAACACUUGUCCCUUAGCAACUCAUAGCAGGAGCAGACAGCACUUCAGGAAAGAGAUAGGAGAGUUGCAUAACUGACAUUUAUAGAACACUCCACCUGGACAACCAGCAGAAUAUUCUUUUCUUUCUUUUUUUUUUUUUAAGAUUUUAUUUAUUCAUUUGACAGAGACACAGCGAGAGAGGGAACACAAGCAGGGGGAGCAGCAGAGGGAGAAGCAGGCUUCCCACGGAGCAGGGAGCCCGAUGCGGGGCUCGAUCCCAGGACUCUGGGAUCAUGACCUGAGCCGAAGGCAGACGCUUAACGUCUGAGCCACCCAGGCGCCCCCAGAAUAUUCUUUUCAUACACACUUGUGAUAGUGACCAAGAUCAUAUUCUGGGCCAUAAAACAACUCUCAAUGCAUUGGAAAGGAUUGAAAUCACACAAAGUAUUACUCUGACCACAACAGAAUUAAACUAGAAAUCAAUAAAAGAUACCUGAAGAAUCCUCAAAUAUUUAGAAAUUAAACAACCUACUUCUAAAUAAUUCAUGGGCCAAACUAUAAGGCGAAUUAGGAAGUAUUUUAAACUGAAUCAGAACAAAAACACAGCAUAUCAAAAUUUGUGGGAUGUAGCUAAUGCAGUGUCUAGAAGGACAUUUAGGAUAUUAAAUGCUUGACUAAGAAAAGAUGAAAGUGUUACAUUAAUGAUCUAAACUCCCACCCUGAAACAGUAUAAAGAUCAAAUUAAGCAGAAGGAAGGAAAUAACAGAAAUCAAUGAAAUAGAAAACUGAAAAAUAGAGAAGGUAAAUAGAACCAAAAGCAGAUUUUAAAAAAAUAUCGAGAGGCAUCUGGGCAGGACAAUCAGUUAAGCGUAUGACUCUUGGUUUUGACGCAGGUCAUGAUUUCAUGGUCCUGGGAUAGAGCCCUGCAUCACGCUCCGCGCUCACCGUGAAAGUCUGCUAAAGUCUCUCUCUCGUUCUCUCUCUGCCCCUUCCCCCCGUACUCUCUCUCAAAUAAAUAAAUCUUAAAAAAAAAUUGAAAAUGAUGAAUAAAAUUGACAAGCCUCUAGGCAGAUGGAUCUAACCAGACUCCAGCCAGGAGGAAAAAGGAAAAAGAAAAGAGAAAAAAAAAAAGGAGACACAAAUUAUUGAUUGUUUAUUUUCACUCUUGAUAGAGUGGACAUAAAAAAAAAGUGAACAUGGAAAAGUUGCUAUAGAUUCUACGGACUUUAAAAUGAUAAAAAGGGAGUGUUAUAAUAUUAUGCCAAUAAAUCCAACAACUUAGAUGAAGUGGAUAAAUUCCUCGAAAUACACAAAUUACCUAGACCUACUCAAGAAGAAACAAUUUGAAAUAUUCAUAUCCAAUAAAUAUAUUGAAUUCAGUUAGAAACUUUCCCACAAAGAAAACCAGCCCCAAAUGGCUUCACUGGUAAAUUCUACCAAAUGUCUAGGGAGGAAUAAUACCAAUUCUUUACAAACCCAGAUAAUAGAAGAGGAAGGAAACUCCCAGCCAUCCUCUUGAUACCAAAACCAAAGAUAUUGUAAGUAAACUUUUCAACCAACAGAGCUCAUGAACAUAGACACCUUAACAAAAAUUUGGCAAUGUUUUGCAAACAAAUCCAUUAAAAACAAAAUCCACCUUAUGAUCCAAGUAAGUUUUAUUCCAGGAAUUUAAGGAUGAUACAACAUUGAACAUCAAGGUAAUUCACCAUAUUGACAAAGGAAGAAAAAUCCUAUGAUCCUCCACAGAUGCAGGAAAAGCAUACGAUAAAAUUCAAUACCUAUUUGUGGUUUAAAAAACAAAACAGUCUCAGCAAACUAGAAAUGGAGGGAAACCUCCUCAACCUGGUAAGGGACAUCUACAAAAAACCUGGAGCUAAGCUCGUACUUAAUGGUGAAAGAAUGAAUAAUUUCUUCUGAUUGGGAGCAAGGCAAAGAUGUCUGCUCUGCCACUUCUGUUCAACAUUGUACCAAGGUCCUCACAGGCGCAAUAAUGCAAUAAAAAGAAAGAAAAUGUACAGAUUGGAAAGGGGGAAGUAAUACUGUCUUUAUUCACAGAUGACAAUCAUCUAGCUAGAAAAUCCUAAGGAAUUUACAAAAAAACAACUAGAACUAAUAAAUUUAGCAAAGCUAUAUAGUCAAUAUGCAGAAAUCUUAUAAUUUUUAUAUGCUAGUAAUGAAAAUUGGAAAUAGCAUCAAAAAGCAUAAAAUACAUUAGGGGUAAGUUGAACAAAACAUGUGCAAGACCUGCACACUGAACACUAUAAUAAAUCUUGCUGAGAGAAGAUUUUAAUAGGAGAUAUGUCAUGCCCCCCAAUCAGAACAUUCUGUUUUUAAGGAACCAAUUCUCAUUAGAUUGAACAACAGAGUCUAUGCAAUUGCAAUAAAUUCCCAGGAGGCCCCUUUUAAAAAAGGCAUAAUAUAUUUCUUAUUAUAAAAUAUACAUAACAUUUACCAUUUUAACCAUUUUUAAAUGUACAGGUUAGUGGCAUUAAGUACAUUCACAUUGCUGUGCAACCAUCACCACCAUCUGUCUCUAGAACUUUUUCAUCUCCCCAAACCGAAAUUCUUGUACCCAUUAAACAACUCCCCAUUUCCCCUCCCCCAGCCCCUGGCAACCACCAUUUCACUUUCUGUUUUUAUGAAUUUGGCUACUCUAGGAACCUUGUUUAAGUGGAAUCAUAUAAUAUUUGUCCUUUUGUGUUUGGCUUAUUGCACUUAGCAUAAUGUCCUGAAGGUUCAUCCAUGUUGUAGCCUGUCAGACUGGCUGGCCUACUUUCUUUGUUUCUUUGUACCUUACCUUUCCCUCCCUCCCUCCCUCCCUCCUUCCUUUUCUUCCUCCCUCCCUCCCUCCCUUCCUUCCUUUCUUCCUUCCCUCCUUCUUUCCCUACCCCCUUGCUUCCUUCCUUACUUCCAUUCUUUCAUUGGCAGACUGAUUUAAAAAUUAUGUGGAAAUGCAGUGGACUUGAAGGAACCAGAACAUUUUAGGAGGAAAAAGAACAAAGUUGGAAGACUUAUACUACCUGAUUUCAAGAUUUAUUAUGAAGCUAUAGUAACCAAGACAGAGUGGUAUUGGCAUAAGGAUAGACAUGUAGAUGAGUAGAACAGAAGAGCAAAUCCAGAAAUAGAUGCACAGAUGUGUGAUCAGUUGAUUUUUGACAAGCUGCUGAGGUAAUUCAAUGAGGAAAGGAUAGUACUUUCAACAGAAUAUGCUGGAACAGCAUGAUAUCCAUAGGAAAUACAAGGAAACUCAAGUUUUACCUCACAUCAUAUACCAACAUCAACCUGAAGUUAAUCGUAAACUUACAUGUAAAAGCUAAAGUAUAAAAUUUCUAGAAGAGAACAUAGCAGAAGUUGUUUGUGACCUUGGGUUAGGCAAAGAUUUCUUAAAUAGGACACACAAAAGAGAACCAGUGCACUGGGUUGGAUUUCAUCAAAUUGAACUUUUGCUCUUUCAAAGACACUGUUAAGGCAAACCAUAGAAUGGGAGUAAGUAUUCACAAAGCAUAUUAGCAGACAAAGGUCAUAUCUAGAAUACAUAAAGAACUCUUAAAACAACCUCCCAAGUAUGGACAAAAGAUUUCAGUAGACAC